GCGGCUCCGACUCCGGACUCUCCGCGCCGCCACCGCCGCCGCCACUUGGGCCCCGCACGCCGCCGGCCGGGCCCCAGCCCCAGUCCUAGCCCCAGCUCCGGAGCCGCAGCCCCUCGCCUCGCCCCCGCCCGGCCGGCCCGGGGGCGCGCAGGGGGCAGGGCGGGCGUCCCGGCCAAGCCCGAGGGACGCGCGCGCUAGGGCCCCUUUGUGGACUUCACGGCUGCCAACAUCUGGGCGCAGCGCGGGCCACCACUGGCCGCCGCGCCUCUGCCUUGCCUUGGGGAGCCGUAGGAGGCGCAGCCCCAAGGCCCGAGACUUCGCUUUGGAACCAGCCCCCCGGGAUGCGGUAGCGGCCGCUGUGCGGAGGCCGCGAAGCAGCUGCAGCCGCCGCCGCGCAGAUCCACGCUGGCUCCGUGCGCCAUGGUCACCCACAGCAAGUUUCCCGCCGCCGGGAUGAGCCGCCCCCUGGACACCAGCCUGCGCCUGAAGACCUUCAGCUCCAAGACCGAGUACCAGCUGGUGGUGAACGCAGUGCGCAAGCUGCAGGAGAGCGGCUUCUACUGGAGCGCCGUGACCGGCGGCGAGGCGAACCUGCUGCUCAGCGCCGAGCCCGCCGGCACCUUUCUCAUCCGUGACAGCUCGGACCAGCGCCACUUCUUCACGCUCAGCGUCAAGACCCAGUCGGGGACCAAGAACCUGCGCAUCCAGUGCGAGGGCGGCAGCUUCUCGCUGCAGAGCGACCCCCGGAGCACGCAGCCCGUGCCCCGCUUCGACUGUGUGCUCAAGCUGGUGCAUCACUACAUGCCGCCCCCGGGCGCCCCCUCGUCCCCCUCGCCCCCUCCAGAACCCUCCUCUGCGCCCUCCUCGGAGGUGCCGGAGCAGCCGCCUGACCAGCCGCUCCCGGGGAACCCCCCCAGGAGAGCCUAUUACAUCUACUCCGGGGGCGAAAAGAUCCCCCUGGUGUUGAGCCGGCCCCUCUCCUCCAACGUGGCCACGCUGCAGCAUCUCUGUCGGAAGACCGUCAACGGCCACCUGGACUCUUAUGAGAAAGUCACCCAGCUGCCAGGCCCCAUCCGGGAGUUCCUGGACCAGUAUGACGCCCCGCUCUGAAGAGUCAGGGCAGGGGUCGGGGAGAGGGGACGCCAGGCCCCUCUCCUCCUCGGCACACGGCACAAGCACAAGAAUCAGCCCGGGAGAGUCCUGCCGCCCUGGGAGAACCGGGGGGUGGACAGGCCCGCGGUGGCCAGCAGACCUGGAAUGUGUUUGAGGGGAGGGGGUGCCACCUGGGCGCUCUUCCCCUGCUCCAGCCUCUGGGGAGAAGCCAGCAGGCACCGCGGGACAAGAGCAACUGCAAGUGGAUUUUCCUCUUCUCUGCUCUCCCUCCACUCCCCCUCCGCUUCCAAACAAGCGGGAGUCUUGAACUAGGAGAACUGCCGGGGAAUUUUCAAACUUUCCAAAGGAACUUGUUUGCUCUUUGAUUUGGUUUCGAAUGGAGCUUUAUACCUGAGCAGGUUGUGGGACUUGGGAAAGGAUGGAGGAGAGAGGGGCCCUGAGGGGGUCCCAGGCCGGCAGCUGGCCAAGGCAAUGGGGCCUUUCCCUGAAGAUGGUGGCGCACCGCACUCCCACUGCAGGGCCAGAGGAGGGUGGGGGCACGCUCCUCUCCCUGGCCCUGGAGAGAGGCGCAAGGGGCUGCCCCGAAGGGGACCAUCCUGGUGCCGUGCUCUCUCACCUUGGCUCUGCCCCCUGGCCCUCUCCCUGGGGACAAUCACCAGAAACAUAAGUCCUAAAGCCCACCUAGUGUCUGAGAGCCCGGGGAGCUUCCCCCGUUUUAAGGGGGAAGUGACAUUUGGAGGGGACAGACAGGCUGGUCAGUUAUUCUCCUUUACCCACUCAUGCCAUACCUUCUUGCACCCCGGGGGGGGGUAGCAUCUUUGACCCCAGACCCAGGAUAGAGAAGAUGGGAGAAGUCUCCUUUGUGCCGCCUGACUUUGUCUGGCUCAGAGAUUUGCCUUAAAUGCUCCUUGUCCCAUGGUUAGGGACUGGCACGGGAGAAGCCACACACGCGGCCAGUCUAGGUGGGGAGGCCAUGGGAUUAGCCCGAGGGCACACACCCCCACCCCACCCCCUGUCCAUUCAGAGCCCUCCCACAGAGAGUGGUUGGGGGGCAGAAAUCCCUGCCUUCCAGAAACCUUACCCCAGUCACAGGUGCCUCGCGGGACCUGGGCUCUGGUCAGGUCCCAUGGCCCUCCCUCCUCACCUGGGGGUGGGGGGAUGACAGGAAGUCACCGAGAAGCGAGGCCGCCUGCCACCCCCAGCUGCCCUGCACUGCGAUAGCACUGAUCAAUGAAAACCUACAGGAACAUAGCAGUGAUGGAGUUACCUGGAACUGUUCUUUUUUUUCUUUUCUUUUUUUGGAAAAACUAAACAAACACACAAAGUUUUCGUGUCAGAUACUGGGCUGGAUGGGGCAGUUGUGUGUUGGGGUGGGUUUUUUCUUUUCUUUUUUUAUUUUUUUUUUUAAAUAAUGUUUACAAUCUGCCUCAAUCACUCUGUCUUUUAUAAAGAUUCCACCUCCAGUCCUCUCCCCCCACCCAGGCCUUCGAGGCUGUCAGGAGAUGCUUGAAGAACUCAACAAAAUACCAAUCCAAGUCAAACUUUGCACAUAUUUAUAUUUAUAUUCAGAAAAGAAACAUUUCAGUAAUUUAUAAUAAAGAGCACUAUUUUUUAAUGAAA